ACCGUAAGCACAGCCGCUGUCUUUCGCAAUCGCUUUUUGUGAUCACCACUGUGCUGCAAAAUUACCGCCCGGUGCACCACAAAACCCUCCCGGAGAGCUGUGCCACAGCAGAGCAGCACUACCUGGUUUUCUCCCAGCUCCAGCUGAGCAGCACUCUCGGCAGAACAAUGAAACGCGCCACCCCCCAGCCCGUCGACGACGAGGCCACCACGCCCUUCAUCCCGCGCAACGACUCCGUGACGAAUUUGGACGCGCAGCCUCGAGGCCCCAUCCGGUGGGGCGCCCUCAACCAGUCCCAGACGGCCCUCGAGGAAAGGUUAAGGACGGUCUGCCUCGCUAUUUGUGCUGGAGGUGUUGUGAGCUGGGGCCUCGCGAAGCUUAAGUUCGCGCUCGUCCCGCUCGUCUUAUCACUGGCGCUGCGCUACUUACUGCAGCCCAUGAUCGACGCCCUGACGAGGACAGCCGCCAGACGACGGUGGCGCCGCGACGAACCCUCCAAACUCGACGAGGCCCUCGCGAAACGAUGUGGUAAGUUAGGCAAGGCCUGCGUGUUGAUGAAGCGGAAAUGUACUCGUUUAGCUUUACCUUAUUCUAUGGCCGUGCUCGUGUCGCUGGCUUUGGCUCUGGGUUUGUUAAUCUUCGUGGCCAUGCUCAUCGCGGAGAGCGUGAGGGAUUUCACUGGUAGAGCUGAUGCAUAUGCGGAGCAGGUCCAGAACGCGUUGGUGAUUAUUGUGCGGUGGAUGGACGCUUAUGGUAUUUCACAUAAGUGGCGGCGGACGUCCUCUUUAACUCAUUUGGCGGAAAAACUACAAUUGAGUGCUUGGGUGACCGCAACCGUGUUCUCGAUCGGAGAAGGCUUACUCAGUCUGUUGUCGACGACGUUCCUAGUGAUUCUCUUCACACUAUACUUGCUCUUGACACCCUCGUUAACAAACGAGGAGGAGGAAGAAGGCGACGACACGCCCAAGGCCUCGGUCUUCCAACGCAAAGUCGACCGGCAGAUCCACACCUACGUCAAAGGUAAAGUCGCGCUGUCGGCGCUGGUCGCUAUUCUCACAGCUGGUUUGCUCUACGCCCUACGCGUGGACCUAUGGCUCGCCUUCAGCGUCGUCGCGUUCUUUGCCAACUUUGUACCUAAUCUGGGCGCUAUCGUGGCGGUGGCACUGCCGAUGCCUGUGGUGUUGAUCGACCCCGACGGGAGUCCUUUUCAUUCGGGGAUGGCGUUCUUCUCGUUGGUGCUGAUGCACGCGCUCGUGGGCAACGUCGUCGAGCCCGUGUUUUUUGGGCAUAGCAUGCGCCUGCACCCCGUCGUUGUUCUACUGAGUCUGAUGAUCUGGGGUUUUAUAUGGGGCGUCCCCGGCUGCGUGCUGGCGGUGCCGAUCACGGCGGUGCUGCGGAUCUACCUGCAGUCGAUCGACCACCCGCUGGCGUUGGCCUUGGCAAACGUGCUGGACGGCUUCGCGCGACCGGUGUCGGCGUUCCUGCCCCCGCCGAGCGAACGUCCGUCGACCGCUUACGCAGCAGUGUAA